AUGGACUCCUUCGAGGCGAGAGUCUAUCUUACGAAACAGCUGAGCUCGCUCACGCCGUCGAAACAGGCUGCUCAACAGUGUGCCAAGUUUUUGUUGAAACACAAGGAGCUUCAGGACGACCUUUAUUCUGUUAUUUUGGAGAGUCUCGACGCUGCAGACCUCAAUAUUCGCAUCAACAUCUUCCAAUUCCUUGAGGAAUUGAUUCUAUACUGCCAGAAUGACCCACAGAAACCAUACAUAUCUUCGAUUAUCAAGGAUAUGAAACUUAUACUUACCAAAAUCCUCCCUCCAAAGCCUGAUACCAUGUCCUGCGAAACCAGAUUGCUGACCAAUCUCCAUGCUGCUUACACGAUAUUGGUAAACAUCUCCAGAUCAUGCAAGUUCACAAAUCUCAAAGAAUACAAGGCCAAAUAUGGCUCCAACUUGCUGACUGAUAUGGAUAGAAAUAGGAUCGAGCUUCAGCUCCAGUUCGACGAAAAACCUUUGUACACAGACAGAGAUGUUCCAGAGUCCAUUGAUGGCCAGCUCGACUGUGCGUGGGAAUUCCUAUUGGAGAAAAGACGCCAGUCUCAGUACGAACGUUUUUUUAUAGAUAAGCACCAGAUGCAGUCUCCGACAGAGCCCCUGCAGGACACAUUUGCAAAAACGCGGAAGCAGCUUUUGGCUAGGAUCGAGGCCGACCGAGAACGACAGAAGCGUGGCAAAGAGAAUCUCUGGCAAAUCAACAGGGAGAAUGGAUCAAUAACGGAAUUUGAUCUCGUUUACGACACUUUCCAUCAGUUUGACAUUAUUGAAGAUAAACCCCUUAUAGACGAAAUCAACGAACUAUAUGAUAACAGCAAAUAUGGAACACCUCACAGACCACAGCCGAACAAACGUUUUAGACGAUGAUUAUUUGUCGCUGGCGAUGACCGUGGACAAAAUCCUAAAUAAUUCAUUGACACCCGAUAAUUUUUCCUCUGCUUUGGAGUUGGAAUUAUCCUGUCCGACCCUAAUGGUGAACUUAUUCUCAAUAUCGAAUUCCAAGCUGUUGAAAUAGUUGAACACCUCUUCGUCCACUGGCGUGUUUCCACCAGCUGCCAUGACAAAGCCUAGAUUGUGUUUGAGCUGAGGUUGAUUCUUGAACGACAUUGUCAGGUCGGAUGGCUGGGAAACAGGACUUGUGAGUGACGACGAUGGAAUCUUUCUCAGAUGGCCAUCGAAGGAGUUCUGAUUCAUCACGAACGAAAGCGCACGGACAAUCAAAUUUGCUUCUUGCACAAUGACAAUGCCGUUGAUAAGAUUGGCAUGUAAGUUGAAUUCCUUGGAGUAUAACUCAUUCACGUGUGUGAUCAGUUCUCCAACUAAUUUGAGCUUGUGGUCCCUGUCCACGUCAGAGCAGUUCUCGGUGUGGAAGCGAACAGUACACUCCUCCACCUCAACAAAUGAUCCAGGCAAUCUUUCGCACAAAGCAUUCAUCACCUCUAUGACGGUCGGCAUCCAGGUAAGCUCAUUCUCGUCAAUAACGGUGAACCAGUCAUUGCUGUUUGGGAGCUUGAUAUAGCCUCCGUUCUCGGCAAUAAGACCAAGCUCGCCAAUUCUGCGAUACCUGCGCAACAAGUCGGACCGUUUUAAGAAACUGAAAACGUAAACGAUAUUAUUCGGGUCAUUCGCAAGAUUGAAAAGCGUGGACAUGAUGUAUUCGUGCUGAACAGGAUUGAUCAAGGAGCCCGGAAUGUUCACCUUGGAAACGAGAUUGCCGAGGUUGAUAAUGAACAACCGUUUGCUUUCUGGAUGAGGCAAGCUGUGGUACUUUUCCUUGAACAGAGCCUGGGAUAAUUGCGUCAGUUCAGAAGAACAGUCUUUGCGAUUGCUUGCAAAAGCUGUUUCGAUGUCGUGAAUACAAUUUUUCACCCACGACUGGGAGUCGUGUUUGAGGAUGGUGGCAUACAUUUUUUUCCAUCUCUGGAGCUUCUCCUCGGGAGACAUCUCCAGGCCGAGCUUGAUGUUUUCUGCCACCUGUUUGACAUCAUACGGGUUGGUCAAAAGAGGACCCUCUGUCAUUACCUGUGCUGAACCAACAAACUCGCUCAUGAUCAAAGGAGAAUGGGUCUCUUGUGCCGCAACAACAAACUCUUGAGACGUGAGGUUCAUUCCCUCUCUAAGGGUAGAGAUAAUGAACAAAUCUGCCUCUGCCAGGAGCGCCAAGUACUGCUCAAACUCAAUAUCCUGGUGGAGGAAUAUGACAGGCUGAUCGGUGGAGAUGUUGCUCGACUUCGCGUUGAUUCUUUCGGCUAUAUUGAAAAUUGAUGUCUCAAAAUCAUCAUCUUUCUCCAUCUUGGCCUUCGUAUAGAUAAGAAUGAGUAUAGUAUCAGAAACGCGUUCUGGAUUAUCAUUCAAAAAGCGCUCGUAUGCCAAUAAUUUCUCUUUGAUUCCUCUGAUUCUAUCAAUUUUGUCUCUGCUGACAAUAAGUUUCUUAUCUGCCCAUCUCUCUCUGACUAGUGUUCUCCAGUUGAGACAUAAGUUGUUUUGUAAUCUCUUGUUGAGUAAUUCGGCGUCGACUCCGAUAGGAUUACCCCUGACACUGAUAACUCUAUCUUUGUACCUGAUUCCGUACUCAUCAAAGUCCGCUAGGAGUAGUCUGUUGCACGUUUGGUAAAAGUGUCUCACGUAUUCCUCUGUCUGGAAAGCAAUGCAGUCGGCUCCUAGAAGACCUUCCAGGAUAUUGUUUCUCUGCGCUAGACAGCGGAAUACCUCACUCGAAGGGAACGACACAUGCAAAAAGAACCCGAUUUUGGCGUUUGGUAUCUUUUCACGUAUCAUUUUAGGCACGAGCAUGAGAUGAUAGUCGUGCACCCAGACAAUAUCGCCUUCCCUAUACUGCGAAACAAUUUGGUCUGCAACUGCCCGAUUUAACUUCUCGUAGUGUUUCCACGAAUGGUUCUCGAAAGCAUUUGACUUUGGAUUGUCAGGGAUCUGGUAGUGAAAGAUUGGCCAUAGGAUUUCUUUCGAAAAACUGGUGUAGUGGCCAUGGAAAGUGACAUCAUCCACAAAUGCCACAGAGGAAUCAUACUUCUCGCUCAGCUCUUUUGCUAUAUUGUUUUUGGUUGUUUGUGGAACCACAUCUGAUGGAAUGGGCAAAACGCCCACCCAUCGAAAUUUGGUUUCCGGAUCAGAGGCGGCCGCAACGCGAAUGGCAUUCUUCAAGCUACCAUUGGCCUUGUCAAACUCAACCACUCUCCAAGGUGCAGUUGCAAAAACGUUGUCUUUGAUGAAAAGGUCGUGGUAAUCAGGUUUUGAAAAGCCUCCAAAGGGCGUCACCUUAUCCUCGUCAGGCAGAAAAGCAUUCUCGUGUUCCGGCGGAUACUCGUCUUUUUCGCGUUCCAAAGGCUUCUCUAGAGCUUGCUUUGCCACCUUCGAGCUUGAGCGACGCGACGAAAGCCCUGGUCGGUUGACUUUCAGAGACGAGUGUAGCAACUCAGGGCCCUUUGUUGCUUGCUUCUCCGAGACCGAUGACGAAACAGUGAUUUUUGUAGUGCUGACCCUCGACUUUGGCUGAAUAAACGUUGAUGUCGACACAUUGACCGAUGGUGAGCUUUUCGAAGCUUCUUUCAACUGGCUAAUCUCAUCCAGCGUGGGCUGUUUGGGGUUGUUGAAGAAAAAUUCUUGAACAGAUACAUUCUGGUUUGCUCCGUCGGUGUUCGACGUAGAUACCGAAGUUUCGCCAUCGUCAUCCUCGGAGAUAACCUGUAUCCUGUUGUCAAUCAAAUCUGUUUGGCUCAAGUUCGAAGCUGACGAGUUUUUCGCAAGAGCCUUUAUCAAAGAAAUAGUCGUAUUGGUAGCAUCCUUUAAUUGCUUGUCUUUGGAAGAAGCGCUCGUUUUCGGCUGUCUAAUAGGCUCAGCAAUAUCGUCAAAUUCAGUGUCAUUGUUGACACACUUGUCCUUGACUUGGACUUCAAAAUGCACAGUGUAUGGCAGAAAUCUGGAGAAGGUGUUAGAUCAAUGUAACUCUUAGCAUACUUACAAAGAAGCAACGAGAAUGGUCAUCUUAUAAUGAACAAACCCUGAGAUUCAGUUUAGACUCAAUGGUAGAUUUCAAUAGCUCGUUAAGAAAUGGCACCACCGAAAUUAUUUAGAUCGCAACUGGGUUGCUCUUCAGUGCUAAGAAAAUGCAAAUAUAAUAAAAAAAGUGCUAUAUUGCAUAAAUUUCUAGAAGAACACUUUACAAAGUUAUACAUACAUACCUCGGGGCAGUCGGUACUACACAAGU